AAAUGUUUUAUAAGUAACCUUGUCAAAAUGAAACUUCUGAAGACCUGUGUCAUCCUCCUCCUUGUGUAUAUGUUGUUGUUUACACUAAGAAAUAUGGACCUGCUGCAGAUUCAUUUUGAAGAAAACUCUAUCAUCUUCCUGAAGAAAGUGACCUCCGCUCCUUCCACUAGUCCUGCGUCGGCUCCUUACAUGCCUGACAACUUCUGCACCAUCAAGCCACUGUCUUCUGCAGAAGCUGAGGAGGAACGUCUCAUAUUGGACUCCAUUGCUUGGCCUGAAACUCCUCCUCUGCCAGCUCCUUUUUCAUUGAAUCAGACAAGUAAUGCCGCCCACAGCACCUUCAUCAUUCUCCCAGGGGGGGUUGGAGACGAGCGGCAUGUAGGAGACCAGCUGGAAGUUAUUAUACAAAUGUACAACUUCCAAGGUAACCCCAAGAAGUCUGGAGGAGAUGCAAUUGUUGCCCGGUUGCACAACAGGGCACUUGAAGCAGGUGUGGCUGGACGAGUGGUGGAUCUCCUUAAUGGCUCCUACUCUGCUGUAUUCUCUUUACUCUGGGAAGGAAGUGCACAGGUUGAGGUGACCCUUGUCCACUCAAGUGAGGCUGUCACAGUUCUACGUAGGCUAAACAGAGAUCAUCCUGAUAGGGUUCGCUUCCAAAGCGUCUUCCGCUCAGGCUCAAUCUCUGAAUCUACCAUCUGUAAUGUUUGCCUACGCCAAACCAGCCAGCCACAGUGCAACUACACUGACCUCCAUACUGGUGACCCGUGGUUCUGCUACAAGCCAAAGAAUCUGAGCUGUGAUGCCAGGUUUAACCACAUGAAAACAGGAUAUAAUAGUGUACUCAAGACCGAAGAGUUGAAGCUCUUUCAAAGGAAUGUCAACCUGAAAGUCUUCAUUCCGGCUUCAGGACCUGCCAGUGUCACUGUGUUGCCACGAAGGAAAGGGCAACCUGCGGUCAAUCAAGACAGUGGGAAGUCUGGACUCUCUGGGUAUUACUACCAGGGUGUGUGGCGAUCACUAGGUGGCUUUAACGUUCACCAAUUCAACAACAACUCUGCAAUCAGCCAGUGUUUGAAAGGCAAGGUGGUCCACAUGUAUGGAGACUCCACCAUCAGGCAGUGGUUUGAGUACCUCGACGCUUCGCUUCCAGAGGCUAAGGCAGUAAACCUGAACAGUCCGAAGCCAGCAGGACCUUACAUGAUAUGGGAAAAUACAAACAAAAUCAUGAUCAAUGCAGAAUUCAUGCGAAUAAAAACUUUACCGCUUCAAGCAAAGUUCCUGGCAGAACUCGACAAAUACACAUACCUAAUCAAAGCCUUCAGCAACAAAGAAGGAGCAGCUGGAUGAAAGAUCCGACUCCUCGUGGCUCCCA